AUGAUCAUAAAGUCAUUGAUUGUCGCCGGAUACGAAUCCGAGGCUCCAGGGACUAUUCUUGCCUACAGGGCACCCCCAGGUGGAAUAGCUGCUUUUUCAGCCGCUACUGUCAAUCUAGACGCCGCCUGGCAGGUCUUGUACCGGACAACUGACAGUUUCGGAAACGCUUCCGCGACCGUUACAACGAUUUUGAUACCGCACAACGCGGAUUACACAAAAUUAUUGUCCUAUCAAGUCGCUGAGGAUGCUGCAGAUCCUAACUGUGCGCCAUCUUACGCCUUCCAAAAAUCCGCAGCGACCGAUGGUGCUUUGGGAUUAAUACUGCCCCAGGCGGAACUACUUUUGAUCGAGACUGCGCUCGCACGGGGAUGGGUAGUGACAGUGCCAGACCACCUGGGACCAAAGUCUACCUUCCUGGCCAACAAUCUAUCUGGCCAUGCAGUACUGGAUAACGUGCGCGCCGCAUUGGCUUCUUCAAAAUUCACGAAAAUCUCGACAGAUCCCACCAUCACACUAUGGGGAUACUCAGGAGGGAGUCUAGCUAGCGGAUUCGCUGCGGAAUUGCACGCUUCGUAUGCGCCAGAGCUUAAAAUAGCUGGAGCUGCCCUGGGAGGAACUGUUCCUUUGAUCUUGCCCGUCAUUAAUCAAACAAACAAGGGAGCAUUUACAGGUUUGAUUCCUGCAGGAAUCAUGGGUCUGUCCAACGAGUACCCUUCAAUUGCGCAACUGCUUCAGGAAUACCUGCUCCCAGCCAAGAAAGCCGAAUUUAACAAAGCCGCUAGCAAAUGCCUCACUGGAGAUAUAAUCGAGUACCUUGGACAAGAUGUGUAUUCAUAUGUGUCAGAUCCGGGUAUUUUCGAAACCCCAGCUGCCCUCCAAGUCCUCAACGCAAAUAAUAUGGGACAGCACGCCCCAACAAUUCCACUGCUAGUGUAUAAAUCUAUCAAUGACGAAAUCAGCAACGUGACUUACACAGAUGACCUGGUGUCAUAUUACUGCAAUGCCGGCACCUCUGUUGAAUAUAAGAAAGAUUACCUUUCUGAACACGGCACCAUGGCCGUACUUGGUGCUCCAGAUGCAAUCAUGUGGCUCGAGGAUCGGAUGCGAGGAGUACCUGUUGACAGCAAAUGCACGACUUCAUCCACGUUUACUAGUCUGUUGGAUCCGAACACUCUCGUGCUCUUGGGUGAGGUGCUUGUCAAUUCUCUCCUUGACUUGCUAGGAGCGCCGGUGGGUCCUAUUAUGAUCGGAUAA